AUGGAACUGGAAGAUUUCAAGAAGAUAAUACAGGAGAGACUCGGUGCAGACUUGGUGCUUGUGCAGGACAUGUCGGGUGGUUGUGGUCAAGCAUUUGCAGUAGUGAUUGUAUCCAACAAGUUUAAUGGAAAGAAUAAAUUAGCAAGACACAGAAUGGUCAAUUCGGAGCUAAAGGAAGAGAUUGCUGCUAUUCAUGCAUUUACACAAAAGACUUAUACCCCAGAAGAGUACGAAGCAGCUGAGCGUAGUUGA